AUUCAUUCAUUUACUCUGUGCACCCUCUUUGCAGUUAUAGAUCCUCACAAGUUAUCUUAGAUUGCACAAGAUGGUUGGUGAACUCAGUGAACUCUGACUGCUGUGAGGGAAGGUGUGUAAAGCCAUGGAGCUGUGCUAGUUUGAAUUGCAGCCCAGCCCCCUGACAAGCCUGCCAGCUUGAGCAUGGUUAUGAACUCAAAUAAAACUUGACUGUGCGCUUAAUUCUACAGUAAUGAAAGAUGGUCUGUGCGUUAGGUACUGAUUCAUAUGAAGUGGAAUAUUAGUACUCUUUUAAUUCCUUUCUCCACCACAGAGAUAUGUACUGCAAACUGCUCAGACAGACAUCACUGAGGCUGUACAUACAUGUAAGAGACAAACCCUGACCUUAAAUGCUCUUUUCAGAAGCUCUAUCCUUAGCUAUCUCUUUGGUGUAAAAACUGAAAGAGCAGACAAAUAGCUGUAAGAGGAAGUUAACAUUCAGGGCAACUGAUUGCAAAAUAUUGUGGUUUUUUUUUUUUUUUUAAUGGUUCUUUUUUUAUGACUGACACACUUGCCUUGCAUAUGAAAUACAGAAAUGUAAGAUGUCGCCACAGACUCAGUAAUCUCUUACCUACUGAAACAAUUCUAAGAGUCAAUGCCUGUAAUAGACAAGAUCCAGGUAAUAUGGUCGUGCAUGACAACACUGGGAGAAUAAAGUCUCUGUAGGAGGCAGCGCUGGUAAUUUGGUGGAGCUUCACAGGGGUAUAAUGUUUUAUCCAUGCUCUCAUUCCUGCGCAAUCUCACGCUGAGUUACCAUUACCACAAAGAAGCAGAUGUAUUUCCAAUGCUAUGAAAUACUAAAUGCUUUGGUGUCUGGGGCUGUCUCUCUCCAGCUGAAUUCAGGUGGAAUUUUUAGAACUGGAGCUGCCUCUGUUUAGACAGGAGAAGCACACUGAAUUUGGAGCUGCAGAGGCAUUCCCUCCAGAAUUUUGAAAAAUGGCUGAAAGUCCUCUACUGAACGUUUCCUUCUCAAACCAGAGUGAAAACAAGAGCAACUUAACGAGCUGCCCAGACUUGAAUGACUGGUGGGAAAUCGUUUACUACUUAGUACCCAAGUACAUCAACGCCAUCUGUGUUAUUGGAAUGCUUGGAAAUUUGCUCGUUCUCAUCGUUUACUCACUGUGCAAGGACCCCCUGAAGACAGCUGAAAUCUACCUUAUGAACCUAGCUGUUGCUGACUUUAUCUUCCUCACAUGCCUCCCUUUCUGGGCAGAGAAUGUCAGAAACAAGUUUAACUGGCCAUUUGGCAAUUUCUUUUGUCGUAGCACUAGUGCAUCCGUUCGCCUAAACAUGUAUACCAGCAUUUACUUGCUAGUGGCAGUCAGCAUGGAUCGCUAUUUGACUUUUGUUCAUACCUUGACACACGGAAGGAUACGGAGCAAAACCAUGGCCAAAGGGAUCUGCUUGCUUACCUGGUUCUUUGGGAUCCUUGUAAGCAUCCCAAUCUUUACAUUUCGGACUGUAAAACACUUUCCCCAGUGGAAUAUCUCAGCAUGCAUUUUAGACUUCCCCGACCCAUUGUGGGCAACAGCCGAGCGCCUGGUAUUCAGCACAGUGGGGUUUGCAUUGCCAUCUAUAGCAAUCGUCUUCUUCAAUUUCUCUACCAUUCGCUCCCUACAAGAACACACAAGGGAACGAAGAGCACUCAGGACACAAUAUUGCAAGAACCACAAAGACACGAAGGCCACCAGGCUGAUCUUCUUAGUGGUGCUGAUGUUUCUUUUGUGCUGGACUCCAUUCCAUCUUUUUACGUUCCUUGAUGUAUUAUUCCAGAUGGAAGUGGUCAAAGGCUGUUUCUGGGAAGAACUGCUCAACUUUGGCGAGCAGUUUAGUUCUACUCUGGCUAUCACCAACAGUUGCAUUAACCCUAUAAUUUACGUCUUUGCUGGGAAAUAUUUCAGACAAAAGGCCUCAGAAGUUUUUUCACAGUUUUUCCCCUGUGUUUUUUUUUUGAACUGGGUAUCUCUCAAAGAGAAGAUUUCAACAUGUUUCCAGCCAAAAUUAGUAUAAAAUAAUGAUUUUCAGUUCCAUCUUCAUUUUGAUAAUUCAACUUAUUUCAAAUGGCAUUAAAAGUGAACAUGAAUUGCACUGAUCUAGUAUUCACAGACUAAGUUAAUUAUUUAUUAAAGUCAAUCACUUCACUGAUUAUUUGCCAUGAGUUUGCUUUUCCUUUUCUGUGUUACUCAUCCAAAUGUAUAACAUGUGAUACCAGAAUUUUAUACAAAAUGAUCUAACCUGUUUCAUUAAUUACUAGUGACUGGAAAGAAAAGCUCUUUGACAAUGUAUCAGAAGUCUGGUUUCUUUACAGAACACUAUACAUUGAAAAAUUUACUACAUUGUAUCUAUGAUGACAACUAUUAUACCACCAGUAACACUAUGCAAAAUAUUAUAAUGUGUAUUACAGAGCAAAUAUGAGCUUAAUCUCCAGAUGACAACUGCAAUGAUAGAACAGCUCCCAUUAUUUUUAACAGUAUUUUAAAUGGUUUGUAUUUUCAAUGUAGCAGAUAGAAAAUUUGAAUAAUUGUUUGUUCAUUUCAAAUGUAUAUGGUGCAUAAAUAUUGUAUAAGACACUGUACCACAAAGGAAGUGUAUAUGAGUUGUAAUAAAAAGCAAAACAAUGUGGUAUCAUUCUCAAACUCUGACAAUUUUUUGGAUCCAGUAAAAUGUUACACAACCACUCAUAAAGUAGGCAAGGAUUCUUUUUAUUUUCUGUAUAUGAAAAUAUCACUGAUGAGCAUUGACACUCUAUUAUUUUGGAAUACUUUUCAUCUGAGACAAAUCCUUAGAUACAUACUUGUAUUUUUAUGAAUCAAAAAUAUUAAACAGCAUAACAUCCCAUUCCACCAUAACCUUCUUUUUUACAUUAUUUUGUCUUUUGUCUCUUUCCCUAUCCCUUUGGGCAAGAUCAAUAUAUAGGUCUGUGAUUAAAAAUCCUUGCUUCUACCAUGAUAUUAACUCUAUUAAUAGUAGUAAUAAUAAUAAUAAUUAUUAUUAUUAUAAUGAUAUAACAAUAUGCCAGACAGGAGAUAAAGAAGAAGGAUUUUUUUCUGUCACAGCCACGGUUGUAGAAUAGACAAUGCAGCUGAGAUAUCUGUUCCCAUAACUGCAAAGCAAAUAUAUGUGCAGACACUGGAAGAGGAAGAAAGGAGAUGUAUUUAUAGGGAAGUCCAGCCAGCCAGAAGGAUACUGAGUGCAGAAAUGGGCGUACAACCAUAAUGUAUAAUGUUUUACUUACUUAUUAUAAACUCUAUUCAGUCUUGUACUCACUGUAAUGGAGUUUCCAUUCUGAAUAUGGAAUUAAUCUCUUAUUAUAGAAAUCUACCCAUUCAACAUGACAAUAAUAAUAGUGCUCAUUUUUAAUGGUUUCUGGUGAGUUGAAAGUCUACUUCCUGCAAUGAUGGGUUAAGUGUAAAGGGUGGAUUAAGGAGAUCAGGGAGAAAAAAAUCAUUCACAACUUUAUUAGCUUCACUCUUUCAGUUGUUGUUUUUUUUUUUU